AUGCGGCUGCCCGAUUUCUUGUCCGCUGUCACGCUAAAUGUUGUUCUAGCACUUUUCUCCAUGCUUAUGGCUAUUGUGGCGUUAGGGCUACUAGCGUUUGUGCUAGCAAAGGAUACCUAUCUACAGAAAGAAACUCUACCUACCAUGCGAGACAAAAUCAAGCGACACGAGAGUGUAGUGGUGGAUUUUAAGAAUCCAAGCACUGUACCGGAUCACUUUCUCCAGCUCAACACUCUGAUGUUCCAGAAGAAACCAAAAAAUAAUCUUAUCACAGAGAUGCCAGCACUGCCUUUAUCCGGCAUGCACAUGAUGUCCUCGACGGGUGGAAAUGAGGGCGUUGAACAAGAACUUUCGCCGCUUCAGGCUGAAUCAGAAGUCGCAUCGAACAAGGUCAGCUCAGUGUUGCGCGCACAGAGAUCAGCAUCUGAAGGACAUGAAACUACGCAGCAUACCACGGAACUGAGUGUUGAGAUUUCUCUAGGAAAAGGUAGAGAAAGAUAUGUAGAUUACGAGUUGUAUGGUCAAGACCGGGGCCGCGAAUACGAGUCUGAUUGCUACCUGCACGUGGUGGCCCUGCUUUAA